AAUCAAAUCAAAUUCUACUCCGCUUUGUCUUUAAUAUGACGCGUCUUAAGCUGUUAUUAUUUUGCUUUGCUUUUGGAAUAACUUGCAUCUACGGGAAUGAUAGAAAUUCCCGAAUAUUACUGGAAGAGGCCAGCAUAGAUGACAUUGUCAAUACAUUGGCAAAUCUGACUGCCAGGGUUGAAAAAUGCGAGACAGGACCUAUUGCGUUCAAGGCACAUUUAACCAAAAGCGUGUCCCCUGGAGCGAAUGAGAGAAUCAUUUUUGAUGACGUACAGCUCAAUCUUGGUGGCGCCUAUCAUCCUUUUCUUGGAGGAUUUUCGGCCCCAUACACUGGCACUUACUUGUUCUCCGUCUCCAUCUGCUCUACAGGUGGCCAUUUUAUUGUCCUUGACCUUAUGAGGAACAAGGAUGUGAUUGGUCGAAUUUUGGCGGGAGAUGCGAGCUAUGACGACUGUUCAUCGGAAACUACGGUAGCACAAUUGCACUCUGGAGAUGAAGUUUUUGUUCAGCACCACUUAACAACCGGCGACUUCAUACAUUAUCAACAACAUACAAUAAACAGUUUCACUGGGACUUUGUUGCAAAGAAUGUAGAAUAAAGUAAAGAAUUAUUAAGCAUU